AUGAUGAAGGAAGGAAGACGCCAUCUUCAGUUUUAUGAAUAUUCACCAAUCAUCUAUCGCUGUUGGAACUUCGCUGGCAGUGAACGGAACGAACUGUCGCUGUAUAGAUCGCUUGGAGCGCUCGCUGGCCGUCUGGCUGGAAAUAGUGAACGAAAGGCCUUAGAUCGUGCGAGGUUGGCGCGCGAACGGCGAGAGGCCGAGCAACGGAAACGCCUCGACGAGCUGAGAGCUCAUGCUGCUGCAGCACAGGCGCAGAGGGAGAAGAGGGAUGAGGACCGGAGGAGGAGGAUGGCUGAGGCUCGCUCCAAGGACGAGGAUAGGAGGACCCAGGUCGAGGAGCGUAAGCGCGCGAUAUGGGAGGCUUCAGUAUCAAGGCGUGAGGCUCUUCUCCAACGAGAGCGUGAUCGUUCUGAGCGUCUUGAGCGCGCGAGGGCCGCUCGGUCAUCUCCAAGGCCAGCAUUCGCCUUCGGAUCUUCAACACCCAGGCUUUUAGAGCCUGUGGACUCUGCUGGCUUCUUCUGGGCAGCGCGCAGGGCGGCAUCAACGAAUAAUGUGAUGUUUGCAUCUGCGCCGCUAACACGUCGUGCGUCCGCUCUUCAGCUAGACACAUCUGAUACUGACAAUAAAGACGAGCCGGUGUCCCCCCAGCCGCUGUGGUCGUCGGUAGCCCGCCGCCGGACCGACCUGGUGCCCACUCUCCCCGCACGUCCAGGUAGAGCAUACUCCAUGACGCGCCUCGACAGGAUCACCCCGGCCUCCCCGGCCUCGCCCGCCUCGCCGGCAGCGAGGCACAGCCGCAGCCAGACCCGGUCAGGGGACACGACCCCGUCCCGCCCCGGCAGCUCGCUGUCCUCGGCGGGCCCGGUGCUGAGGCGAGCGUCCUCCGCCCCCCGCAAGCCGCGCCCCGCAUCGAUAGCCGGUACGGGUGUUAACACGCCACGAGGAGCGGACACGGGCGUCAACAGUGCGUCCACGACCCCGUCUGUGUCCCGGGACGCCACAGUAGUGUCCCGCCCCGCCGCGCCACGCAGGCCACGGCCGCUGUCACUACACGCGCCCGUCAAGAACGUUCCAUCCACCCCGACAGCUCCGGGCGAGGGCAAGCCGCCGCUACAUAGAAAGCCAAAGCCAUCCAAAGAACAUGAAAAGAAUCGCAAGUCCAUGUCGAUAUCACCGGGGCGAGGCUUGUCUCCGUCCAAGGAGCCAGCGGACAAGGAUAUUAUGACGAAGAGCGUGGGCGGUGAUAAGAGUGUGGUGAACGCGUUGGAGGUGACGCAGAAACUGGAGGCCUUGAGGAUUGAUUCACAGCAAACAAGCGACAACAAAAUCAUAGAAAAUAAGCAUGUAACGAAUAACGAACAAUAUAUUGAACAGAAAGAAAAGAUGGACGUACAUAAGCCGGAGAAGAUGACAGAAGAUAAAGAAGAGAAAAAGGAAAAGAAGGAGGAGAGAGAAGAGAAGAAGGAAAAGAAGGAGCCGUCACAGGAAAAGACUGAGGACAAUGAAAUGACUGCUUCCAUGAUAUCUCGUCGCAUCACUACGGAGGAGGAGGCGAAGGCGGCCCUAGCUGAGAGACGACGGCGGGCCCGCGAAGAACUGGAGAGGCAGGCCGAGCUUGAACGACAGAGAUUGCAGCGCGAGGCCGAGGAGGAGGCGGAGAGACAGAGACAGGAGGAGGAGAGGCAGAGGAGGGAGGAGGAGGAGGCGAGGGAGCUGGCCGCGCUGCAGAGAGCUAUGGAGGGAGAGAAACUGAGGAAGGCUAUAGAGGCGCAGCAGCAGUUAGAACGCGAGGAGCAGCAGAGGAGGAUAAGGGAGGAGGAGGAAAAGGCUGCCCGAGCGAGGGAGGAGGAGGAGAGGAGGAGGGCGGCCGAGGAGGCGGAGAGGAGUCGCCUGUUGGAGGCCGAGAGGGACGAGAGGGAGAGGCUGGCUCGGAAACAGAGAGUGGAGGCUAUCAUGGCGCGGACUAGACUCAAGAAGCAAGCAGAGGAAGAUAAGAAGCAGCAAGAAUUGAAACUGCAACAAAACCAACAGACUAAUGGUGUGUCGAACAACACUAGUACACAGGAAAAAGUUAACACAAGUGUAACACAAGACGAUGUUAACACAAGUGUAACGAAGGAGAGCAUUAACACAAGUGUUACACAGGAGAAUGUUAACUCGAGUGUAACACAGGAAAAUGUUAACAAAAGUAUAACACAAGAGAAUGUUAACACAAGUAUAACACAAGAGAAAGUUAACACAAGUAUAACACAGGAGAAUGUUAACAUAAGUGUGACGCAAGAAAGUGUAUCAAGUGUGAAUGAAAGUCAAGAAAUGAAAGUGAUACCAAAUGAAAGUGUAACGAGUGCAAUUAUACCAAAUAAAGAUGGAAGCGAAAAAUCAAGAGAUGAAAUGGGUAUGGGUAGUGUUAAUGUAGGAAACAUUGAGAAAAAUAAUACGAGUGAGGAAAGUGGGGGAAGUUUUGCCAACAAUGACAGCAGUAAUGGAAACUUGGAGCGGGGAGAGAUUUUGAGUGUUGGUAGUCAUAACGUGUGUCCGUCCGUAGCUCCGACCAACAACGGGAACGUGGCUGACCUGCUCGGCUUGUCCACGGAAAUAGAAACGGUGGACAAACCGGAGGAGCAGACACCGACGAAGACAAUCGACAACACGCCGACACUGGACACCAACAACGGUAACACGAGCGUCGGCCAAAUGUCGGCAACUUUCAUACAGACGGAGAGAAUGGCCGACGACUACACCACGCACAACGGACACGGACACAACCACCCGCUGACACUGCAGAACGCGAUCUAA